AUAAUUCCUUAACAAGUUUCCUAACUAGUUCUUCUUUUUCUACGCCAUUUUUAAUCUCAGCACUUCAUCUUUGUGCUUCUUAUAGCCUCCUUCUAUUCAUUCAUUUCUCAAGCUAACAGAAAAUAUUUGAUUGUAGUAACUCAAAGCCAUGGCCAUGACAACUUAUUAUGUUUUGGCCGUGCUACUUUUGGUCAUUAACCUUAUGGCUUUAUCAAAUUGUGCUAUUGAUGAUGAUUUGGAAUUUGGGGCGUCCUAUAUUUUUGGAGAUUCUUUGGUAGAUGCGGGAAAUAAUAACUAUUUACGGACCUUAUCAAAGGCUGACAUUGUACCUAAUGGCAUAGAUUUUAAAGCUUCUGGAGGGAACCCUACUGGCCGCUACACUAAUGGAAGAACCAUAGGCGACAUUGUCGGAGAGGAAUUGGGACAAACCCAUUAUGCGACACCAUUUCUAGCUCCAAAUUGCACAGGAAGAACUAUAUUAUACGGAGUAAAUUAUGCGUCAGGAGGAGGUGGAAUUAUGAAUGGCACGGGAAGAAUAUUUGUAAACAGGCUUUCAAUGGACAUCCAAGUUGAUUAUUUCAACAUUACAAGAAAAGAGAUCAACAAAUUGUUGGGUGAAUCUAAAGCCAGGGAUUAUAUCAGUAAAAAGUCCAUUUUCUCAAUCACUAUCGGGUCCAACGAUUUUCUCAACAAUUACCUUCUUCCCGUACUCUCUAUCGGUACAAGAAUAAACGAAUCCCCUGAUGCCUUCAUUGAUGAUCUGCUCAGUCACUUAAAGGAACAACUUACGAGAUUGUACAAACUGGAUGCGAGGAAAUUUAUAAUUGGUAAUGUUGGACCAAUUGGCUGCAUCCCUUACCAAAAGACAAUUAACCAGUUGAAGGAGAACGAAUGUGUGGAACUACCAAACAAGUUAGCACUUCAAUACAACGCUCGAUUGAAAGAUAUGCUGGCUGAAAUGAGCAAAAAUCUAGAGGGAGCAACUUUUGUACAUGCAAAUGUCUACGCUCUUGUCAUGGAAGUCAUCACCAAUUAUGACAAAUAUGGAUUUGUAACAGCGACAAAAGCUUGUUGUGGAAAUGGAGGGCAAUUUGCUGGGAUAAUUCCAUGUGGGCCAACGUCUAGUAUGUGCUCAGAUCGUGACAAACAUGUAUUCUGGGAUCCUUAUCAUCCAAGUGAAGCUGCUAACAUUAUAAUUGCCAAACAAUUGGUGGAGGGUGACCCCAAAUAUAUCUCUCCCAUGAAUCUUAAACAACUUCGAGAUCUCUAAAUGUUUUUUUUUCCUAUCACACAUUAAUGUCUUGUAUUGUGUCAAAUUAUCCUUGUUUCUUUUGUUUACAUGAUUGUUUUACUGUAACAGGUUUCUUUGAUUAAUUAAAUGUAUUGUGAAAGAGAAGUGACGGAAAGUUUCUGUCUUUCAAUUGUAUACGUAUGAAAAAAUAUUGAAUUGAACUCUCAUUCUCUAAACUCCA